CGUUUAAACAUACACGCAUACAGAUAUAUAUAACAAAUUUAUAUUUUAUUGAAUUAUGUUUGUGUAGAAGCAAACUUAUUAUAAGCACAUUUUAUAAAGUUUGUUGCUGUGGUUUAUUGAACAAUUUGUUGCCUGCAUGCUGCAUACGGGAUAACCCUAAUACAACGAACAUAUGGCAUCUUCAACCAAAACUACAUGGAAAUUACAGGAGUUUGUUGGGCAUGGGUCGGUGGUUACUUCCGCAACGCUUGGUAAAAAGUCAGGUCGUGUGAUGGCCACUGGUGGGGAAGAUGGGAAAGUUAACAUGUGGCAUGUUGGGUCACCUAAUUGUAUCAUGACAUUAUCCCCUCUUACAUCAGCCGUUGAAACUCUUCAGUUUAAUUCAAGUGAAGAAUUUGUUUGCGCUGGUUCAAGGUCAGGAGCAUUGAGAAUAUGGAAUCUAUCGGCUUCUAAAGUUGUGCGUCAACUAACGGGUCACAAAGCUGCUGUACGUUCCGUUGAUUUUCAUUCGUAUGGUGACUUUGUUACAUCAGGUUCGGAUGAUCAUAAAGUAAGGAUGUGGGAUAUCAGGAGGAAGGGCUGCAUAUUCACUUAUAAGGGACACGAAGAUAGCGUGAAUUGUGUUCAGUUUAGUCCCGAUGGAAGAUGGAUUGGCUCAGUGUCUAAUGACAAGACCUGUAAGUUAUGGGAUAUUACAGCUGGUAAAUUAUUACAUGAGUUGAAUGAUCACAGUGCGGGGGUGACUUGCCUUACUUUCCAUCCUCGUGAAUUACUUCUUGCUACCGGCUCUACUGACAGAACAACGAACAUAUACGAUGUUGAAAGAUUCAAGCUUUUAUCAACCUCACCACUGGAAGCUAAUGGAAUUCGAAAAAUUAUGUUUUCAGAAUCUGGUGACCAGAUAUAUACCGCGUCACAGGAUAUGUUUAAAACCUACACGUAUGAUCCUAUGUGUUACCAUCUUGAUUCGGUCAUCGUUAAAUGGGGAAAACCCGCUGACAUCACAAUAUCCGGGGAAAAACUUAUGGGAUGUUCAUUUUAUCAGAACAUUGUGUAUGUUCAUAUUAUUGACCUCAAGACACUUCAAACAUCGCCCACCCAUGAAUCAGAGUCCAUUAAGUUUGAAGCCAAACCAAAUCAACCAAGUUCAAGAUCACAUUCAAAUGUAACAACACGUCCGCACACAACAUGUGGAGUUCCUGCCAAGUUUCCGCCAAAUCCACCACAGGUUGUUCAAUGCAACAACAAUAAUUCGGAAUCUACAUUUAAACAAAUCAACCCUCAAGCCAAAGAUGAAAUAUUUAAACCAACGUCAACACUUGCAAGAUCACCAGACAAGGACAACAACGCAACAAAAGAUCAAACCAAGGAUAAAACCAACCCCACAAACACAACAAACCUUCAUGAAAACCAGCGCAAAUUAAAUAUCGAUGAAACACCUGCCAGCAAUGUGCAGCCCACAGCACAAGAACCAAAGAAACCAAACAAUGCUGUCACGAACACACCAGACGUAACCCCUGCACCGCAUGCCCAACAUAAUAAUGAACCAAGCACGAUAUUAAAUUGGGACAAAUUACAAUCAUGUGAUCAGAAUAUUCCUGAAAAACCUGGUGCAUGUAACUUGUUGACAAACAAUGAUUCGAAGAAAAUAUUUCAACAAAAACCAAAUGCCUUGCCAACAAAAUCGGCGUCAGAUCUUGGUAUUUCAACCGUUAUUCCAUCAGACAGACAAGAUCCCAUUGGUCUUGAUAUGAAUGCUUUUUUACCGGCCAAGAAAGACAAGCCAUCCAUGUUUUGUGCGACCAAAACCGACCAUGAAGUUGUCACCACCAUAACUAAGGGAGUAUCUUCCAUGAGGAUGGUUUUAACGAACCGACAUAAAAACCUUGAGAUAGUCCGAGCUCUGUGGACAACCGGUGACGUUAUGACUUCAAUUAACUCUGCUGUAAAAAUGGACGACCAGGCGCUGAUUGUGGAUUUAUUAAACGUUCUCACGCUUAAACCGUCUUUAUGGACGCUUGAUCUCUGUGUGGUGAUGCUUCCCCAGAUUAAAAGUUUAAUCAGCAGUAAAUAUGAAACGUAUGUUUCCGUCGGUUGCUCUGCGUUAAAAUUAAUUUUGAAGAAUUUUUCUCAAGUUAUUCGAUCGAACUUGAAAACCCCGCCUACAGUUGUUGAUAUAUCUCGUGAGGAAAGACACAAAAAGAGUAAAUCUUGUUAUUCCUAUCUGGCUGACAUCAGAGUCUUACUUGACAGCAAACAACAAACUGCAGGAAAAAUUGGAAGUCAGUUCCGUGAAUUAAAAAUAUUGAUCAGCACUUUGGAGUAACCUUAUGUAGAUGUUGGGAUAUAAAGCACAUGUGGCUAACAUGUAUUCUCUUUCCAUUCAUUUGGAUACUGAGUGUUGACCCUUUUUAUUUCACUUCAAAUACAUAAUUUGAAUAUUUUACUGUGAAUUGUUUUUUUCAUUCCAUUCAUAUUUUCAUUACCGUUGUUUAAUAUUUGGUGUCGGUUAAAAGCUUUUAUAAACAGUCAAGUUAUGGUUUUGUAAUUCACAUUAUUUAUUAGGAUACCUUGCAAUCAUUGAUUUACAAUAUCUUGUAACAAAAUAUCACAAAUAAAUAGAAUGUGCCUUGAA